UCCAUUACGUGAGGCGAAAACCGAAAACGUAACACGCGCCCCCGUUCAUGUCCUUGUGGUCAGAUUCCAUCCUUGUUAAGCAUGGCGCUUCAUCUACAAAGCAUCUCGCCGACCCUGUUCCAAGGCAAAUCCCCCCCACACACAAAAAAAUUCCGUCUUUGUUCAUGUUAACAGUAAUGUUGCCCCUCCUCAUAGCCGCGGCGGCGGCUGCCGGAGCGCUGGCGCUCAUUGUCGCGACACGCCUCCUCAGGGAGGACGCCGUGGCAUCCCUCCGCCGGGAGAUCCGAGAGGUGCUCACGGCACUCGUCGCCGACGACGAGGACGGCGACGGCGAGAGCGCCUCCCCGCCGCCGCCAUCCGUGCUGAUCACGGGGUUCCGUGCCCACGGCAAGAGCUCGCUGGUCAACACGGCGUGCCGGGCGCUGGCGGCCGAGGACGGCCCGCUGCUGCUGCGCGCGGAGGCAUCGCCGCCCGGCGGCGGGACCGACGGGCUGAGGAGGCUCCUCAGGGUCAAUGCCGUGGUGGCUGGGGCCGACGGCGACAGCGCGGGAGCGGGGGAGAGCGAUGCGGUGGAGCUGCUGGAUGCGCCGCCGCUCCCCGAGGCGUUUAGGCUGAAGAGGGAGGACGUCGACGCGGCCAUCAGCGUCGGGGACCCUGAGUGCGUUGUGUUCGUUCUGCGCUGCGACGCGCCCACCAAGGAGCGGAGCGCCGCCAUCAAGUGUCUACCGGAGAUUUCUGCCGCCGUCAGAAACAAAGGGCUUAAUUUGAUCGUCGUGUUGACUUUUAAGAAGGCCACGAGAUCCAUUAGGCAGGCUGAAGAGCUUCUACGGGAGGUAUCGUUCAGGGCUAGAACUGACUGUGUCUACUUCAUCGAGAACUACACCUGGAGCAAGAAUGGCCCCAACCUCCGCCACCCCCCUGUCAUCAAGAACGAGUUUGAGACCCAUUUCACGGUGCUGACAAUCAUUCGACAGUGUCUUGAGUUCAUCAAGCUAAACAGGAGCCAGUCCAAGGACAAGAAAAGGAACGGCAAGCAGGAAAAAGCACCCGAGCCUAAACCUAAGAAUCCACGCACAGAAACUAAGCAGUACCGGAAAAUCAAGGAGCCCAGUGUAAGACUUUUCUUCAACGGUUCAGAAACUUGAAUCGCCCGGUUAUACUUAUGAUGUAAUGAUUUACUGAAGAGGCUAAUACUUGUAUAGAACUGACAUAGCCUGCCUGACAAGCUGCACAAAAUGCUGCAAUCAUCCGUUCGUUUUGUGGAGAUACACGUCCUCUUUAUGUAUCAUAAUUCAUAAAUCAAGAUAUGCUGCUGCCUUUUCUCA